UUCUCCCUCCCUCCCCGCGCGUUGAUUUCAUACCAAACUCACACUUGGCAUUCCGCCUUUUUUUUUUUUCCUCGUUGUACUGUCAAACACUGUUAUUUGUAACGAGGGAAUACUCGCGAUCCAUAAAGCCGCCGAACCGCUGUCGAAUCUCUCCCCCCCCACCCGUGCUGAGGAGAGCGCGUGCCGGGCACCGCGGGCCGAGGGAGCCGUAGUAAGGUGUGUUGUGGUCACAAGCCGUCAUCAUUGCGUCGGAGUGGAGUUGCCGUGGCAGCCCUGAUGGGGCGCAGGAGGACGGCGGCGAUGGAGAAGGAGCGGGAGACGGGGCGGACCGCGGAUUGGACGGUGACCCCGAAGGAGUGUGGAGCCCAGACAUUGAGCAGAGCUUCCACGAGGCUCUGGCCAUAUACCCUCCCUGCGGCAGGAGGAAGAUCAUACUUUCUGACGAGGGGAAGAUGUAUGGUCGAAAUGAGCUGAUAGCUCGUUAUAUCAAGCUACGGACGGGGAAGACGCGCACUCGCAAACAGGUGUCUAGUCACAUUCAGGUUCUGGCGCGUAAGCGGGUACGAGAAUACCAGACCAGCAUCAAGGUCUCUAGCCACCUGCAAGUCUUGGCCAAGAGAAAGUCUCGUGAGAUUCAGUCUAAGCUCAAGGCCAUGAACUUGGACCAGGUCUCCAAAGACAAGGCGUUACAGACAGUAGCCAACCUCUCAUCAGCUCAGAUUGUGUCCGCGAGUGUCAUGAAACCCCAGACUCCGUUCCCCCCACCUGUCAGAUUUUGGCCCGGCCCCAUGCCAGGACAGCCUGGACAGUCUCAGGACAUCAAGCCCUUUGCACAGUCACCAUACACUACACUACCAGCCCCUGUCCCAGCAGCUAUCAGCUACGAGCCCCUGCCUCCGCCGCGACCUGCAGCUAUAGCAGCUCCUGUAUGGCAAGACAGAACUAUCGCCUCAGCAAAGCUCCGGCUCCUGGAAUACUCUGCUUUUAUGGAGAUCCAGAGAGACCGGGAGAUGUAUAAACACCUCUUCGUACUCAUUGGCCCAUCAAACCCGGGCUACAGCGACCCCGUGUUGGAGUCCAUAGAUGUCAGGCAGAUUUACGAUAAGUUCUCUGAGAAGAAAGGAGGCCUGAAGGAGCUGUAUGAGAAAGGGCCACGCAACGCAUUCUUCCUCGUCAAGUUCUGGGCCGACCUGAGCAGCGACAUCGAGGAGGGCUCUGGUGUGUUCUACGGCGUGAGCAGCCAUUACAGCGGGACAGAAAACAUCACCAUCAGCGUCUCAACCAAGGUCUGCUCCUUCGGCAAACAGGUGGUGGAGAAGGUUGAGACGGAAUAUGCACACAUGGAAGGGGGAAAGUAUGUGUUCCGCAUCAACCGUUCGCCCAUGUGCGAAUAUAUGAUCAACUUCAUCCACAAGCUCAAACACCUGCCCGAGAAAUACAUGAUGAACAGCGUACUGGAGAACUUCACCAUCUUACAGGUGGUGUCCAACAGAGAAACUCAGGAGACUCUGCUGUGCAUCGCCUUUGUGUUCGAAGUGUCCACCAGUGAACACGGUGCACAGUACCAUGUCUAUCGGCUAGUUAAUGACUAGCAGCACGUUGGGUGCAUGCAGAGACUCUCCAGACUUUUUGAUACAUAAAGCAUAAACACUAUUUCCAGUUUCAACACAGAGAAUCGACACUCCUCUACUCUAAACACACUAUUUUUAACAGACCAACAGUCACACUGUAGUCACACCUCUUUUCUAAUGUUUAUGCAUUCAUCAUCGCUGCAAACUAUGCACACAUUUCCUAACAUGCCGAGGCUGAAAUGCAAAUUUAAAAUUCGUUUUAAUAGAUUUUGACCAAAAUGUGGCGUAAUCAUCUGCACGUGUUGUAAUUAUAUUCAAUGUAAUUAUUCCGGUGAAUUCCUGAAUAAUUUCAUAAUCACCCGGGGAAACUGAUUGUGCACGCCUCUCGAUAUCCUUAUCGGUGGAAGAUUUUAAUAAUAAAUUGAAUUAACUGACCAGCAUGUUUUUAAAAAAAGAAACCAGCAAAAGAGCCAAAUUACACUUAAACCUGUUUAUUAUGUUAUAUUCGUCAUAUACUUUUAUAUACAAUGACAAUCUAGCUGUGGUGCACUGAAAAUCCUCUUCUCCAAGUAUAUGCAUUUACAUCAUCGGUGUGACUGAUGUGAGACAAGUUUGAAUAUAGGUUGUCAAUCAAACCAUUUAACCAGUGUUAACAUAACCCUUCCACAAUGCCUCUUUCUUCUACAGUCUGUACACGCUGCACGCUAGCAAUUGAUUGAGCCUGUAAUGGCGUAUCAUCCAUCACGGCUCGGCGUGGAGGAUCAUUAUACUCAAGCUGGUUUAAUCCAAACUGCUCGCAUCGUGUGGCAGAAGCAGUUUGAAAGAGUGCGCCUGUUCCCAGAGUGCACUCCACCACUCGGUGACGACGUAAAAGUCGUAUUUCUAUUUGAAACCGGUCGUCAGAGUAUAAAAUGAGUGCUCCUAUUUGCUGUAGCACGCUUCCCAGUGGUACAGUGUGUGCAGAGGGGGUGGAGAUAGUUUGUUUAAAUGUCAAAGAGGUGUUUUCAUUUUGACUAUACUUGAUUUUUGGAAAGAAAAACCGAAAGGUUCCCUGCUAGUUUCAGAUUUAAGUUCAGCAUUUUGAAUGAAACAAUUAGCUUUUUACUGUUCACUUACACAAUACUGCUUUAGUCUAACUGCGUUGGUUCGCUGCAGUAUUUCUACCUCUGCGUGAGUUGGGAUAAGAAUGUGCUUUGGUUCAUAAAGCCUUAACCUGAGGAGCACUGAUGUAUAGGACGUGUACACUACACUUGUAAUGGUACUGUUGUUUAUAAGCCAAAACGAGCUCAAUAGACUUGUUUUCUUUGUAUUUUACCGGCACAGCUAGACGUUUUACUCUAAACCUGAGAAAUGAUGGGUGUUUAGGUUUUUAUCUUUUUUGGUGUAUGCAAAGUGAUGUAUGGUACAGACAACACUACGGUUACCCACAGUGCACUGGGAAAUAUUUUUGUCUGAUAUCACUAACAAAUUAUCCAGCUUACACUUGCCUUUUUUUCUGUUUCGGUCGAUGUGAUGCUCUUUGUUUCUGGUAAAAAUUGUUACCAGCAUUUUUUUAUAUAGUAAAUGUUAAUGGCCUGUAUUACGCCCUCUUCUGGCAGGAUUAUCUUUGAACUAUUAUUAUAAAAAGUAAAAAACUGCUUUAAAAAAAAAAAAAAUCUUUUCACUGUGUGGUCUGCUAGAAUUUUGAUCUGUAUAUUUUACCCAUCAGUGUGCUCUGGUUGGCUGUAUCCCAUUUUCUUUUGUGGCCCGGUUAGCUCAGUGCCUUCAUGCUGUACCAAUAAAACCACAUGGUGUUUGCAGAAGCAAGUUUUUGAAGUAAAACAGCUGCACGAGAGAGGAAAUCUUCCUCACAAAAAACAUCUACAUACGUAUUGAAACUGUUCAUUUAUGGUUUGGCACAAUUCCAUCAACUGUCAAGUGAUUAAAGUUGGCCUUGCAUGUUA